AUGGCUGAGAGCUAGCAAGGAAAAUUCAGGACACCAUGAUGGCUCAGUUUCCCACAGCUAUGAAUGGAGGGCCAAAUAUGUGGGCUAUUACCUCUGAAGAACGGACUAAGCAUGACAAGCAGUUUGAUAACCUCAAACCCUCAGGAGGUUACAUAACAGGUGACCAAGCGCGUACCUUUUUCUUACAGUCAGGCCUGCCAGCUCCUGUUUUAGCUGAAAUAUGGGCUUUAUCGGACCUGAACAAGGAUGGGAAGAUGGAUCAGCAGGAGUUCUCCAUAGCGAUGAAACUCAUCAAACUGAAGCUGCAAGGCCAACAGUUGCCUGUGGUCCUCCCUCCUAUUAUGAAACAACCUCCUAUGUUCUCUCCGUUAAUUUCUGCUCGUUUUGUUUUUUUAGCAUUGCCUCAUACAUCAUCUUACAGUCUCAUGAUGGGAGGACUCGGCGGUGCUAGUUUACAGAAAGCCCAGUCUCUGAUUGAUUUAGGAUCUAGUAGCUCAACUUCCUCAACUGCUUCACUCUCAGGGAACUCGCCCAAGACUGGGACCUCAGAGUGGGCAGUUCCUCAGCCUUCAAGGUUAAAAUAUCGGCAAAAAUUUAAUAGUCUUGACAAAAGCAUGAGUGGAUACCUCUCAGGUUUUCAAGCUAGAAAUGCACUUCUUCAGUCAAAUCUUUCUCAAACUCAGCUAGCUACUAUUUGGACCCUGGCUGACAUUGAUGGCGAUGGACAGCUGAAAGCUGAAGAGUUCAUCCUUGCGAUGCAUCUCACCGACAUGGCCAAAGCAGGACAGCCCUUGCCACUGACGUUGCCUCCUGAACUUGUCCCUCCAUCUUUCAGAGGAGGAAAGCAAAUUGAUUCUAUUAAUGGAACUCUGCCUUCAUAUCAGAAAAUGCAAGAAGAGGAACCUCAGAAAAAAUUACCAGUUACUUUCGAGGACAAGCGGAAGGCCAACUACGAGCGGGGGAACGUGGAACUGGAGAAACGGCGCCAAGCCCUGAUGGAGCAGCAGCAGAGGGAGGCAGAACGAAAAGCCCAGAAAGAAAAGGAAGAGUGGGAGCGAAAACAGAGAGAAUUACAGGAGCAAGAAUGGAAGAAACAACUUGAAUUAGAAAAACGCUUGGAGAAGCAGAGAGAAUUGGAGAGACAGCGGGAGGAAGAAAGGAGAAAAGAGAUAGAAAGACGAGAGGCAGCAAAACAGGAACUUGAAAGACAACGUCGUUUAGAAUGGGAGAGGAUUCGUCGCCAGGAGCUUCUCAAUCAAAGGAAUAGAGAACAGGAAGAAAUUGUCAGGUUAAACUCUAAAAAGAAGAGUCUUCAUCUUGAGUUGGAAGCACUGAAUGGCAAACAUCAGCAGAUCUCAGGCAGACUUCAGGAUGUCCGACUCCGAAAACAAACUCAAAAGACUGAGCUGGAAGUUCUAGAUAAACAGUGUGACCUAGAAAUUAUGGAAAUCAGGCAACUCCAACAGGAACUUCAGGAUUAUCAAAAUAAACUUAUCUAUUUGGUACCGGAGAAACAAUUAUUAAAUGAAAGAAUUAAGAACAUGCAGCUUGGUAACACACCUGAUUUAGGGAUUGGUUUGCUUCAUAAAAAAUCACUGGAAAAGGAAGAAUUAUGCCAAAGACUUAAAGAACAAUUAGAUGCUCUUGAAAAAGAAACUGCAUCUAAGCUAUCUGAAAUGGAUUCAUUUAACAGUCAAUUAAAGGAACUGAGAGAAAGCUACAAUACACAGCAGUUAGCCCUUGAACAACUUUAUAAAAUCAAACGUGACAAGUUGAAGGAAAUUGAAAGAAAAAAGGCAGAGCUAAUACAGAAAAAGAAACUAGAAGAUGAGGCUGUAAGGAAAGCAAAGCAAGGAAAAGAAAACUUAUGGAGAGAAAAUCUUAGAAAAGAGGAAGAAGAAAAGCAAAAGCGACUCCAGGAAGAGAAAGCCCAAGAAAAAGUUCAAGAAGAGGAGCGGAAAGCUGAGGAGAAACAAUGUAAGGGUGAGCCAGCUACUGCUUUGGUGAAUUAUAGAGCAUUGUAUCGCUUUGAAGCCAGAAGCCAUGAUGAGAUGAGUUUUAAUUCCGGGGAUAUAAUACAGGUUGAUGAAAAAACGGUAGGAGAACCUGGUUGGCUUUAUGGUAGUUUUCAAGGAAAUUUUGGCUGGUUUCCUUGCAACUAUGUAGAAAAAAUGCCAUCAGGUGAAAAAUCUGUGUCUCCUAAGAAGGCCUUACUUCCCCCUACAGUAUCAGUAUCUGCUACCUCAACUUCUUCUGAAUCACUUUCUUCAAAUCAACCAGCGUCAGUGACUGAUUAUCAAAAUGUAUCUUUUACAAACCUAACUGUUAAUACAUCAUGGCAGAAAAAAUCAGCUUUUACUCGUACUGUGUCCCCUGGAUCUAUAUCACCGAUUCAUGGACAGGGGCAAGUUGUAGAAAACCUAAAGGCGCAGGCCCUUUGUUCUUGGACUGCAAAGAAAGAUAACCACUUGAACUUUUCAAAACAUGAUAUUAUUACUGUCUUGGAACAGCAAGAAAAUUGGUGGUUUGGGGAGGUGCAUGGAGGAAGAGGAUGGUUUCCAAAAUCUUACGUCAAAAUCCUCCCUGGGAGUGAAGUCAGGCGGGAAGAACCAGAAGCUUUGUAUGCAGCUAUAAACAAGAAACCUACCUCUGCAGCCUACGCAGUUGGAGAGGAGUAUAUUGCACUUUAUCCAUAUUCAAGUGUAGAACCUGGAGAUUUGACUUUCACUGAAGGUGAAGAAAUACUGGUGACCCAGAAGGAUGGAGAAUGGUGGACAGGAAGUAUUGGAGAUAGAACUGGAAUUUUUCCAUCAAAUUAUGUCAAACCAAAAGAUCAAGAGAGUUUUGGGAGUGCUAGCAAAUCUGGAACAUCAAACAAGAAACCUGAGAUUGCUCAAGUAACUUCAGCAUAUGCAGCUUCUGGUUCUGAACAACUUAGCCUUGCACCUGGGCAGUUAAUACUAAUCCUAAAGAAAAAUUCAAGUGGGUGGUGGCAAGGGGAAUUACAGGCCAGAGGGAAAAAGCGACAGAAAGGAUGGUUUCCUGCCAGCCAUGUUAAGCUUUUGGGUCCAAGUAGUGAUAGAACUACACCUGCCUUCCAUCCUGUAUGUCAAGUGAUUGCUAUGUAUGACUAUGUAGCAAAUAACGAGGAUGAGCUGAAUUUCUCCAAGGGACAACUUAUCAAUGUUUUGAACAAAGAUGAUCCCGACUGGUGGCAAGGAGAAAUCAACGGAGUGACUGGUCUCUUUCCUUCAAACUAUGUUAAGAUGACAACAGACUCCGAUCCAAGUCAACAGUGGUGUGCUGAUCUCCAGAGCCUGGACACCAUGCAGCCAGUUGAGAGGAAGAGGCAGGGCUAUAUUCACGAGCUGAUUCAGACCGAAGAGCGGUACGUGGAUGACCUUCAGCUCGUCGUGGAGGUUUUUCAGAAACGGAUGGUGGAGUCAGGCUUUCUCACUGAAGGAGAAAUGGCUUUGAUCUUUGUAAACUGGAAAGAGCUCAUCAUGUCUAACACAAAGCUACUCAAGGCCUUGCGGGUACGGAAGAAGACCGGGGGAGAGAAGAUGCCCGUGCAGAUGAUCGGGGACAUCCUGGCGGCCGAGCUGUCCCACAUGCAGGCUUACAUCCGGUUCUGUAGCUGUCAGCUUAACGGAGCGGCUCUGUUACAGCAGAAGACCGAUGAGGACAUGGAUUUCAAGGAAUUUUUAAAGAAGCUGGCCUCUGACCCUCGAUGUAAAGGAAUGCCCCUUUCCAGCUUCCUGUUGAAGCCCAUGCAGAGGAUCACCCGCUACCCUCUGCUCAUCAGAAGUAUUCUGGAGAACACCCUGGAGAAUCACGUGGACCAUUCCUCCCUAAAGCUGGCUCUGGAGCGGGCAGAGGAGCUUUGUUCCCAAGUUAAUGAAGGAGUUCGGGAAAAAGAAAAUUCAGACAGACUAGAGUGGAUCCAGGCACACGUUCAGUGUGAAGGUCUUGCAGAGCAACUUAUAUUCAACUCCCUCACCAACUGCUUGGGGCCCCGGAAGCUUCUGCACAGUGGAAAACUAUACAAGACCAAGAGCAACAAGGAACUACACGGAUUCCUCUUCAAUGACUUUCUGCUUCUUACCUACAUGGUCAAGCAGUUUGCCGUUUCCUCAGGCUCUGAGAAGCUAUUCAGCUCUAAGUCCAAUGCCCAAUUCAAAAUGUAUAAAACGCCCAUUUUCCUGAAUGAAGUCCUGGUGAAACUGCCCACAGACCCUUCCAGCGAUGAGCCUGUCUUCCACAUUUCUCACAUCGACAGGGUCUACACCCUCCGAACAGACAACAUUAAUGAGAGGACUGCCUGGGUCCAGAAGAUCAAGGCGGCCUCUGAGCAGUACAUCGACACAGAAAAGAAGAAACGGGAGAAGGCUUAUCAAGCUCGCUCUCAAAAGACUUCAGGCAUCGGGCGUCUGAUGGUGCAUGUCAUCGAAGCUACAGAAUUAAAAGCCUGUAAACCGAAUGGAAAGAGCAAUCCAUAUUGUGAAAUCAGCAUGGGCUCCCAGAGCUAUACCACCAGAACCCUCCAGGACACACUCAAUCCCAAGUGGAAUUUUAACUGCCAGUUCUUUAUUAAGGACCUUUACCAGGAUGUGCUGUGUCUCACCAUGUUUGACAGAGAUCAGUUCUCACCAGAUGAUUUCCUGGGUCGCACUGAAGUUCCAGUGGCAAAAAUUCGCACAGAACAGGAAAGCAAAGGCCCCACAACCCGCCGGCUGCUGCUGCACGAGGUCCCCACCGGGGAAGUCUGGGUCCGCUUUGACCUGCAGCUUUUUGAGCAAAAAACUCUCCUGUAGGGGCCUCAGGGAUCUGCCCAAAAGGCUGGGGCUAGAGACGGACGGUGCUGCCUCUGGGCUAAAGGAGCAUCACACAGCUUCAUCCAUCACAGGCCACGCGUGCCAGGCCCGGCCCUCUAUUUUAUUGCACACUAAAUUGCUAGCAAUCUAUGCAAACAUGAUCUUUCCUAGAAAUAAACCAAACCCACAGCACAGUGCCUUGUAUUAGUGUUAACAUGUUUGGCUGUGUUUAGAUGCCAAGGUUUCCAUUUUCAGGGCUAAAACAAGUAUUAUGUGGAAAUGAGGCAUCAGAACAGCAGACAUUACCACUAGGUUGAAUGUGUCCAGUGUGGGUGGUUUUGGUGAUGCUGUAACCAUUCCAUGCCGUGUGACCUCUGCGGGGUCACAGCCACUCAGGAGGUGAAGGAUCGGGAAGAAAACGCUGCAGCCUCAGUGCGGGAACAGCCUGAUACUGAAGUAGGUCUACACGUGCACUGAAUGAAAACAGAAACUUGAUCGUUUUAUUCCUGAUUAGAUUUUAUCAUCUCUGCUGAGACAAUAUAGUUUGAAAUCUAAAGGGGAAAGCUUGAUUUACUUUAAAUACUGUGAACUCUAAUGAGGUGGAAAAUAUUUUUCAACUUUAAUUUUCUGAAGUAUAAAUUAUUUAUGUAAAUCCCUUGUUUUUGCAUAUUUCAUAGGACAUGCAUCUUUAAGCUUUAUCAUUGCCAAUAUGUACAGAAAGAGAAUAAAAAAUAUAAGUUUAUGAAUGUAA